AUGUCGCGGGGCAACCAUGAGUCGGAGCGCAUGAACGAGAUGUAUGGGUUCACCGGUGAGGUCAAGGCCAAAUAUACCUCACAGGUCAUGGAUCUAUUCACCGAAGUGUACAACUCGCUCCCCCUGGGCCACGUCAUCGAGGACAAGAUUCUGGUCGUCCACGGCGGUCUCUUCAGCCGCGACGGAGUAACGCUCGAUGAAUUGCGCAAGAUUGACCGAUUUUGCCAGCCCCCCGAGGAAGGCCUCAUGUGCGAGCUGUUGUGGGCGGACCCUGGACCUCGCCCUGGCCGCUGGCCUUCGAUGCGUGGCACGGGCCUGCAGUUUGGCCCCGAUAUCACCAAGCAGUUCCUUGAGCACAACAAUCUGAAGCUGCUCAUUCGCAGCCACGAAAUGAAGGAGGAAGGCUACGAGGUUGCUCACGAUGGCAAGUGUAUUACCAUCUUUUCUGCACCGAAUUAUUGUGACCAAAUGGGUAACAAGGGAGCCUUUAUCACACUGACCAAGGACCUCGAGCCCAAGUUCACGCAAUUCGAUGCUGUGUGGCACCCAGAUGUCAAGCCAAUGGCCUAUGCAGGCGGCUACAUGUCGUCCAUGCUGGGCAUGUAAGCCUUGCUGCUAGUCUCGUGACAGUACCGCCAGACCUUGCCCAUACCACAAACGAAAAUCGGAUUCUAAAGCCUU